AGUGAUCCAUAGACUAAUUAGCCUUGCAUUGGUAGGGAAACUAGUACGUACAUGUGCGCGUGCGUCUGUUUAUACUCAUACGCAUCUGCAUGCGCGCGCACUGUCCAUAUCCAUACUCCUUCGCCUGCGUCGUGUCGCUCAUUACGUUUCGAUCCAUGCGGGGCUCCUGCGCGUGCACUCGGCAUUUGGCGGAGAGGAGCGCAGGACGGUCGGUGGCGUGCUGCUGCUUGCUGAUACCAGGGGGCUCAGUUCACCACGGUCCUCCUCCCAGCAACGGUGGAAACAAGUACGAGAUUCCAUCGGUGCUCGGUCGGGGCUGCUGCGCAUCUGGACCCGACAGUGUCCCCGGGACGAUUACGCGUCGACGCGCUCCGCUGGACGUCUCCCUGUCCCGCUGCCCACACACAGGAAAUAAUCACACCGGUUGAGGACAGUUUGGCUUUGUUUUUGACAGAAUGGCAGGCGCAGAGUGCCUUCUGAAAACGCCGAGUAACUUCCAGUCGUCGGCCAUGUUUGAAGGCUCAGAGGCUGUGGAGGUGGAGGGAGGAAGCCCGGAGAGCACCGUGGCUUCAUCCAUCAGCGCCUGCAAGAAGGUCCUGUGCAGUAACAGUGUGCUGGACUCGCCGGAGUAUUGGCGGAGGAAUGAGAAAGCUCUGUGCAGAGUGGGCCUGCUGGACGACGACACGGAGUGCAGCUGCACCAUGAUCUGUUUUGUAAAUCUGGACCCUCAAAAAUCGGACUAUCGUGACGACAAAAGCAUCAAGAAAUUGGCCUCAGUGUCUCCAGACCUGCCAAAGCUUGUUGAAUUGCUGACUGUCCACCAGCCGAAAGAAAACGAGAUCCUACUGCUCGGUGGCCUAGAAGCCUCAGAUACUUGCCAAACACACCCACUCACCCCCUCUCAGGGUGGGCAGCAGCAGCAGAGAAAUACAGGUGUGUGCCUGGUUCAGUGUUCAGGGCAGAGACGCUCCACCCAACCUGGCAACAUCAUCUUUGAGAUCAACAAGUUCCUGAUCGGUCUGCAGUGGGGGAAGGAGCGGCAGCUUCAGCAGGGCCGAGCAGCCAGGCAGCGGGUCGACGACGACACGAAUCGCUCCAUCUCGUCCAUAGAAGAAGACUUCCUCACUGCCUCAGAACACCUCGGUGAUGACAGCGAGGACGACGGCUUCAGACAUGAACCAGAGAGUGGUGACCUGGCAGAAAGCUUGGUAGAGGUUGCGCAGAAACAUGGUGUCAGACUUGCAUGUCAGAGGGGACAGCUGGCCCAUUAUCAGAACAGGGAGGAUGCAGAGCUGAAAAAAGACAGGAAUCAGCGAGCAAGCCUCCAUACUAAGGAAUCAGCUGGUCACUACGCCACCAAUCUGGCCGAAUCGGUACUGCAAGACGCCUUCAUACGCCUCUCUCAAGACGAAACCUCCUUUGUCUCCGAAGCUGCUGUAAGCUUGUCCCUCUCUGGUCGUACCUCCAACGCUACUCGUCUUUCAAAGACCAAAGAACCUUCCCAGCAGCGCACUUGCUCUUUUGAACUCCCCAAGAUUGUGAUAGUUCAAAGCCCAGACAGUUCAGACGGAGCGGCAGAAUGGCCAGAGACCCAGGUGUCUCAUGUGCCUGACCAGGAUAUCACUGCCAAAGCCCAAGAGCUGCCAGGGAAUAGAACACAGGCUCAAAUCCCCCACCACAGUGGAGGACACCCAUCCAAACAUGUAGAGGUGGCUUUGGCUUGUGCUGCCAGUGUCAUUGGCACCAUUACCAACCCGCUGCUGACAGAACAGCUUGCCAUGGAAUCGGCCUCAGAGGAAGACGCGGAAGAGGAGGAGCUGCCGGAACGAGAGGAUCGAGGUGACUACUCCUUCUCCUCAGCCAUGUGUGGCAUGGCUCAGGUAGCUGGUGCUGUAGCGGCUGUGGAACUAACCGAGGAGUCAGGGGAGUGCGGUGAUUCUCAUGCAGGUUCCGCUGAAGUCCACACGGCAUCCUGUGGUCUGAUGUCGGCUGCCAAAGCCUCUGCAGCCAUCACACUGCACUGCAGUGUAGCAGAAGGUACCAGCGUCGAAGCGUUUCGGGCGAACAUUGCUGAGGUCCUACACAGGGAAGCAGCUGAGGUUCUGACUCAGCCGCAAGGCUACAGGAGUAUAGCCCACCUGCUGGAGGCCACGCAUAACAAGAUAGUAGAUGGUAUUACUUGUCCAAAACAAUCCUACAUGGAUGAAAGAGAAGUGGAUGACUUAAUAAAUGAGGUGGCAGACAGCCUAUUCACACAUGCUCUAGAGAAAGCAAAAAAGAAAAAGGAACUGGAGGGUAAUGGAAAAGAUGCACCGGGCCUUCAGGUGUUUCUGCAGGACAGUGUUAACAAUUUGCUGUUUGAUAUCCUUUGUCUGACACAGAAGAAAAUCUGUCAUAUCUCUAGAGGUGACCAAGGGUCCUACGAGACACAAGAGGGUAAUACUUGUGCCAGGGAGCCUUCUACCACCAAGGAGAGCAAGGAUCCCUUAAGUGAAUUACAGUGCUUAGUUGGCCUAGGCCAGUCCACUAAUAGUUGGAACCAGUGCAGCAUCCUACACAGCACAGAUAAAGAGAAACAGCAGCAGUCGUCAUGCAGACAAAGUCAGUGUAAAUCCACCUAUUUGCCUGCCAAGGACUUCUCUGAACACCAGCAGAUCCAGCAGGGCGGUGGUACCAUCAGAGAACCUUUGAGUGAAAUCCAAGUUCAUAGCACAGACAGGAGGGGACGUGUAGUGACGGGCAGUGACAGCAGACGGGCCUCCAUCACACCCCAGUCCUCCCUCACACCCCAGUCCUCCAUCACACCCCAGUCCUCCCUCACACCCCAGUCCUCCCUCAACUCUUGCAGUUCUCUGCUUUCUUGGAGAAUGGAUUCAGAGUCCAGGACACCUAUUACUUGCUAUGCCGAUGAUUUGGCUGCUACAGUCGUGUCUAUGGCCACAGAGCUGGCCGCCAUCUGCCUCGAAAACAACACUGGGAAACAACCUUGGUUCUGUGCCCUAAAAGGGACGUCUACCGAAGGGCCAGAAGCCUACUUGAUCCCUGCUUGCCGCACAGUGCUCAGGAGGAAAGAAGCUCAGAGCAGCAAUGCUGCCUCCAAGAAACACCGGGCACCGCGCCUCAGUGAGAUCAAGAGGAAGACGGAGGAGCAACCAGAGCUGAUGGAGCGGCUGGUGAACCGGGUGGUGGACGAAUCGGUAAACCUAGAUGAGCCACAGGACCCAUUUGCCCUCUUUGCCUCUGAAGUCACGGCCAGGAUCAUGAACUGCCCUGAGCUUAACGUGGUGGACACCUCUAAAACAGGCCAGCCACGCAGCAGGCUGCAGUGCGAGAGGUGGAGCCGUGGGAAGGCCUCUAGUUAUGAGAGCAUUCCAGAAGAAGACGCAGACCCCACAGGCACACCCAACACAUUGGGCCCUGGCAGUCGGUUAGGUCAGAACUUGAGCCGUGGUAGCUCAAUCUCUAAGCAGUCCAGCUGUGAGAGCAUCACAGAUGAGUUUUCACGGUUCAUGGUAAACCAGAUGGAGACCGAGGGCAGGGGCUUUGACCUUCUGCUGGACUACUAUGCAGGGAAAAAUGCCAGCAGCAUUUUGACUGCAGCUGUACAACAGGCUGCAUCAAAGAAAAACGGUCACCUUAAUGUCAGGACGUCAUCCUGCCUGUCCAAACAGUCGAGCACGGAGAGUAUCACAGAGGAGUUCUACAGGUUCAUGCUUCGGGACAUGGACAAGGAAAACAGAGAGUAUGGCAUCGCCAAGACUAAGGAGUGGAGCAACAGCCUGUUCCCACCUUCUCCUAGAACACCCUUCUGUAUACGACAGUCCUCUGUCCCAGACCGGCGCUCCUCCGACUCGAGACUGACUGUCAACUCACCAAUAAAGGCCAAUUCUUUUGACGGAUUUGCCCGCAAUGUGCACGGAGAAACCCUGAAUAUCUUCCACACCAACUCAGUGUCAGCCACAGGACUGUGUAAGUCGGACUCCUGCCUCUAUCAAAGGGGUAGGACUGACCAGAUUACAGACAUGCUGAUUAAUGAGACCUGGUCGAGCUCCAUCGAGUCCUUGAUGAGAAAGAACAAGAUCAUUGCUGAUCCAGAGGACAGUAUCGAGCUGGAGGCCGCGGGAGACUCUCAGCCCCACGUGCAGCAGUUUGCCAAUCGCCUGGCGGCUGACAUUGUGGAUAUUGGGAAGUCUGCCUUGGGGGGGCAGCAAGAUGUAGCUGGGGGUACACCUGGGUCACUCUCACAGCCGUAUAUGCCUGUUGGUGAAAGGAGGAGGGGGUUCAAACAGUCUCAUCUAACUUGUGGUCGAAGUAGGUCCAGUCAGGAGCAAACUGGUAUUGGAGUAGGGUCCGGGACUAGUGACGGCAGCGCACCCCGUAUGAGGGGCCCCAGAGAUGUGCCACUGAUCCAUAUCGAGGGAGAUCAGAGGGAUGAAGAGACUCUUUUAAACCCUGAAAGGAGAGUAGGAGGACCUCAGGAAACUCCCCCAGAAGUGUCGGCCACCAAGCGAACAGAGAGAGCUACGGGCAACAGCAGUGAGAGGGACAGGCCAACUGUGGCGGUGGCUGCAGUAGUGAAGAGCGACAAGCGUUCAAUGAGCGCUAGCAGUGAAGAGAGCAUGGGGAGCUGGUCCCAUAUAACCCCCGAGGAUGACCCCCACGAGGAGACCAGUAGUUUUAUCCAGCUGAGCGAGGGGAACGGGACCAGCAGCGCGUCAAGCCUAGGCCAGGCAGACCUGGAUGCUUUUUCUGACGUGCCCGCUCAGAUCACAGUAAUUGGUGAGCAGACAGAGAAAGGACAUCUAGCAGGAACAAAGGAAAAUGUCUUCGAGGGCGGUUCAGAGAGGACAGCAGCAGCAGCAGGCGGCAGCAGCAACCUCAGGGUGCUGCUGGUGGUGAACUGCGACCUCGAGCCCGAGUGCGUGGACUCCGAGCUGAGAGUGGCCCUGCAGUGGAUCGCUGCCUCCGAGCUGGGCCUUCCUGCUCUCUACUUCAGGAAGUCCAAAGAGAAGAGGGUCGCAAAGUUCCAGAGGGUGGUCCACCUGAUGUCUCAGAAGGCGUGGCGGAUUGCGGACUUGUUCAACGCUGUGGUCCAGUUCUGUGAGCUACAUGAGAAAGAGGAAGAGGAGGGCCGGUCUCUGUCCAGCCUGUUUGAUUGGCUGCUGGAGACGCUGUAGGUCCCUGUAGCUUCCACUUACUGCAAACAAAAAGACACGUAUUCGCUCACACUUCUAACAUCGCACAUGUUCCUAACUUGUCUGCCCGUUCCCGUCUCAUCACACCAAUGUCUCCUACUGCAAGUUGAAAGCACAACACGAUCAACAUACUUGAGAAACUUCUACACCUCAAUCUGUCCAUUGAAGUUGUGUUUAGUAUCUUUUGGCAGCCAUGAAUGGACAAGUCUCCCUUUAAGAAAAGCAUGUUUUCGUCUCCAGAAUCACCUCUCUAGUGAGACGCACACAAACACUGUAGCUAUACAGGUUUUUUUUGGUUUUUUUAUUACAGAUUCUCACAACCAAAUAAGUAUAUUUAUUUUCAAUGAACACGAACAAGAUAAAAAAAUCCGGUUAAUUUCAGAAUCACCUCUCUCGUGCGACACAUACAGAAACAAAGCAAACUGUAGGUAUAGUAUAGAUAUAUAUAUAUAUAUCAGGUUAAAUUCUCCACACAACUCAACAUGCCCAUAACUUUUAUAUCAACAUAAGCCCAGAAAAAGUUCUUUCACCUUCUUCUGAUGGCCAUAUCUUUGUUGUGUUCAUCGGCCAACGUACCAUCUCUGUUGUGACCUUGAAAUUCAGUUCAAAGUAAGUAUGUUAUCUUCUUCAUGUUACUCGGGAACUGAUUAUUUUGGAUAGCUGUACUGUACAUACUGUAGAUUUGGAUCUUCUGCACCUGGGAGUAGUGGACUGCUCUCUUUAGCUUUUACUAUGUCAGGAAGACAGAGUGAGGUUUGUAAUGUUGAAUUUGUACGUGAAUUAGGUCUGUUUAUUUCUCCACUGAGUGGUUCUCUAGUGUUGGGGGGGGUGAAAGCACACAAUUCAGCUGUAAACUGUCACGGUAGAACUGAAUGUAUUUAUCUUUUGACAUCAAUAAAUUUCUGUGAUGUGAAAUACAAGCGGGCUUGAUCUAUUUGUAACAUUCAGCAGGAAGGGAACUGAACACUGUUUAUCCACAUCAGUAUUACAUUGCAUUGGUUGUAAACAAGCAGCGAGAUGAACUUGAAGCUAUUAAAAAAACAUUUGGCAUUUUAUUGUGCUUUCAGAAAAUACUGCUUCGUAUACAUCACGGAAACGUACACGGCAGUAGAAACAAAAGUAUCAGAAUAAUUUGUUAGCUGAUAAUGGGCUCCUGAAGAUGAGCCGAACAUGAACAUUAACAGUAAAACAUUUGGGAUGUUUGCAGCUCAGUAGGCUGAAGCUAAACUAAUAGCCUUCUAGCUUUGUCCAAGAAUUGUUCCAAAAUGUCGGAACUAUUCCAAAAACGUAGUUUUAGACUAAACUACUGUUAACUGUCGGGUCAGGGAACAAAUGAAGCUUCAAACUGAUUGAGUAACAGGAGGAACAUCAGAGAGACACAUUGUAUAAUCAAGCGAGGAUGAGCCACUUUAACCUUACACAGAUGUCAGAAACCGGACUUUUACCUCAAAGUGACUUCAGAUUUUGAAGUAGGUAUUUCAUAAAUAUACACAGUGGUGUACAUGGUGAGCUGUUGUGUCCAUGUGUAUGCCCGUCUGAUCCUCUCAGGGGUCAAGGGACGGGUCAGUACCAGAUUCGGCAUGUGUUAUCCUUGCUGCCUGUAGGAGAGCACAAACAAGAACAGGUGGCUGCGCAGGACACAGCUGCAAGCUUUUCAUCUAAAAUGGGUAUCUAAGCAUUUCUGACGGCUGGCCAGAAGCAGUUUAUUCGCUGCCCAAGGCUGCGGUUUACCAGUGCAUGGUUAUCAGAUGUAGUGUGUGUGAGUGAGUGAGUGUAUACCUGUAAUGAUAGUGUCACCCUCGUAGUUGAAGACGCAGGAGAAGAUCUCGUCGGUGUGCCCCUCCAGGACUUGUAGGCAGACUCCAGAUUGAACGUCCCACAGACGAGCUGUCUUGUCUGAGCCGGCAGUCAGGAUCCUGCUACCUUGGGGGCUGAAACAGAUCUGCCAAGAGAGGCACGAGAGUACGUUUUAUUCAGAGGUGUGUGUGUGCUACAUGAGCGUAGGAUAAUGAGCUACAAGUGAUGGGGAAAUGAGAACACUUAACACAUCAGCAACAUUAUUCCACAUAGGUCAUUUAACUUUUAAUACUUGGAGGAUAAAGGCACCAGUGGCACUACUUAGUUUUUACAGUAGACCUUUACAAAAGUCAUGGCUGAAGCUGAUUGUGUUGGAGCCUGGGUUUAUUGUUACCUGAAUGGGUUUCUAUCCCCAUAGUGAGGUACAGGAAGAGAUAAUUAAAUGAAGCUGGCACUAGAUGGCCAUAAGAGUAAAGUAUGUUUUGAUUAAAACUCUGAACUGAGCACCAAGGAGUGACCCUAGACAGGAAAUGGAAAAUGACAAGAGAAGGAGCUGACAAAGAUGGAAGAUAAAAGUUGAAGCUAUCAAAAGAACACAAAAUGGAGAGAAAUUCAAGCAUCAGGAAAGAGGAAACAAAAAACACUAUUGCAUACUAAUAUAGUAUGUCAAAAAAAAUCAGUGUAGUAUGACAAAAUAAGGCAUAGUAUAGUUUGUUGAAAAAAUCAUUGUAAAGUAUCUUAAAAAAAAUCAAUCCGAAAAAGUCAGAGGAUAGUAGGACGAAAAAAGUGACCUUGACCUUUGUGUACAUCCUGAUGGACGAAAUGUCUUCAAGGCGUUUCUGAGAUAAUGCGUUCACAAGAAUGGGAGGCACUGGCUGACAACCAGUAAUGCCUCCGGCCAUGGCCGUCGCGGAGGCAUAAAAACAUCAUGGUUAAGAAGCAGAGAGGGAGAGGUGUCCUGUUGGGGAGAGAUUAGUGUCCUAAUCCUCUCAAAUGUGCCUCCACCCUGCCUACGUAUUACUGACUGCCUGAUGUUUCAGUAAACAGAGGUAACCUCUAAGCCCCUUGUACAUAGAAACCCUCUGGGCCAGAACCUGCAGGACGCGCACACACUUGUGAAAAGCAAGGCAAGGAAAAUGGUAGAUGGGUAAAAUCACUAAAGUACAAGUUCAGUGCAGGGUAUAAAAAAAAAAAGACCAUACACACAACUAAUGCCAGAGUAUGUGUUUGUUGGACUCAGCUAAUGCCAGGCAAUGUUUUAACAACAGUACAAGUUAUUUUUGAGGAUGUGCGGUUACAAUUUUUUGUAAUUUCUCACGGAGAGCUACCCAGAAAACAUCUAGCUCAGAAGCUACAGAUUCAAUUACUGAGAUCAGCAGAAGGAUUACUACAGUCCUAUGUCCUACUUGCAGAGUUUUACCAUGUGACAGUAAGCACUAAACAGCCUGAAGCCUGAACUACUGUCCCUCUACUUCAGCAUCACAUUUACCCAAUAUUAACAAGGCAAGUAGAGGCAAUGUCCUACUCACAGCCCUGACCAGGAGAGAUGUAGCUACCCACUGAGAGUAAAUGUGUACACCUGUAACUUGUCUGGUGCAUCCACAAUGUGUACCAUGUGUCCCAUGGCCCAUUAUAAUAAUACGUAGUCCGAAACAGUCAGAUAAAUACCUAAUAAUGGGUUCAAUUAUAUUUCCUGUUGCCAUGUUUUUUAAUAUCAAAGGUUGACGGGAAGUAAAUGUGCAUCGUGCUAUUUCCUAAAUCCAAAAAACACAAUUCUGAUGCAGCUACAUAUAAAGAGCCUAUAGGUCCUCACUCACUUCUGUGCUACUCUGUUCCACUAUGACAAGCUGAAAACACAAGCAAAGAUUUUGUGACCAUACGGCUAGCUCGAUAGCUUAAAGGAGAUACACUAGAACUAAUCCUACGGGAUACAUACAUAGUUACAGAAUGUAAGAAAUACACUCAUUUUUUAUAUAUUUCUUAAAAUGAGAAGUCCUUACCUUGGAGAUCUCUCCAUCAUGGCCAUCAAGGGUCACAAGACACUGAUGUGUGGUUGCACUGAACACUCUCGCUCUACCUGACAAGAGACGGGGACGGGCAGGGAUAUUUGUGUACAUGCACUCUACUUUUUUAUAUACGUAUAUAUAUAUAUAUACACACGUAUAUAUUAUUUUACUUUACGUUUUACUGGUAAUGUACACUGUUAGUAAGUGGGUUGUUGGUCUCACCAUCAGCAGAGGCAGUAGCAAUGAGCUGGCCCCUUAGAUCAAAACACACAUCUAGCACCUCUUCUGUGUGUCCAACUAGGGUGGCCACACACGUCCCACUGACUGCCUCCCACAACUGCAAAUACACACACAUAAUACAAAACCCUUUUGUGAGACUGUGAAAAACAUUCACAGUCUCAUAAAACGACUUGCAAACAGCUGGAAGCUGUAUUAAGUGGUUUUACUUUAACCAUCUCCCCGAGAGGAAUACAGUGAGGUGGAUAAUUUGUCAGAGCAUGACUCAUCGUGGCAUAAUUAACAUAUUAGGAUUACAUUUUUCUCCUUUAAAUGAUGGAAACCUUAGAGAAAGGGUGGGGAGAGACAGAGUGGGAAAUAAAUCUCACGUCUCUUGUUUUGUAAUAGCUUAAAAUGUUAAUGAAUAUAAUGAAUGAAUAACAAACUCUUGCUAAAUAAUUGCAGGCAGAAAGAGACAUUUUUGGCAAAAUAAUUGUAUUUGGAAGAGUAAUAAAACACUCGGUGUUUAGGCUGAUGAUAGCUUACCUUGCAGGUUUUGUCCAUGGAGCCUGUGACUAUGAGGGAACAAUCCCAGUUGAACUGAACAUUGCAGAUUUCCCCCCCGUGACCAACCAAAGCGUGGACACGUCUGAGAAAAACAGAAAAAAAGCAGCAAUGAGUCAGUUGUGCACUCAUAUGCGCAGAAUCUAUUCGUGUUCUGCGUUUCCUGUACAGUAUGAAUAACGACACACAUUCAGAAAUCGAUUCAUACAUUGCAAUAACAAUUAUCGCGUCUGACCUUCCUGAAGCAACAUCCCAUAUAGCAACGGUGUGGUCAAAGGAGCCAGUGACCAGCUGAUUUCCCACCGUGUUGAAGCACAGAGAGAGGACCUCUGCAGUGUGACCCUGGAUGAAAUGGAGAAGAAAAAGACAGCGUCAUCCCUCACUGUUACAAUCAUUCCUCUGAUAUACAAUCCUUCUCUUUCUCUCGCUCUAUGGAUGAAUAUGCACAUGAAAUACACAAUAUCAUAUAUCAAAAAUAAUACAGACUUAAGCCUUAAAGGUAGAUUCUUCAACUCUUGAAAUAAAUAAAUAACAAUGAGCAUGUGUUUAAGAUUAUAUGCUGAAUUGACUGCUCUCGGCAUUAUGGAUUCUUCGUGGUGUGUAGCACUAAAAGAACAGAGAGAGCUGCAGAGAGUUGCUUCUCACUGAGCCAGAGCCAACCAGUCACACCACAGACCCACGUGCAGUCUGCACAUCAAAGAGAGCUCACUACUUAUUAUUAUUAAAGAGUUGCAGUUACACUCACCAUCAGAUCAUGAGUGGAUAUGUGGGGGUGGAAAGUACUCUGACCAUCAGCGGGGGUAA